GACUUGGUCUGUGUUGAGGCUGGGAGCUUGUUUCCAGACCUGAGAGCACAGGCACUUGUUCUCUGUCUCUCUCCUCUAUCUGUGCCACUCUUUCAUUCACCCUCAGUGAGUGCACAUCUCCACACGUUCAUCUGCCACUUCAAGCUCCAGCUUUAGUCUCACCGCUGGAUUAUUUGGCUGUUACAAAGAUGACAUGCCACAGGAACAAGCUACUGGAAAACUAGAGUUGCAACUGCUUUAAAAGAGAAGUCAAAGAAGAAAUCAGCUCCUCCAUGAUCCACUGAGCCAACGCGACAUUAGCCUCCUAACGGUCUCACCACGUAAUGAUGGAGGACUCAACAGAGGUGCGGACAGACGGAAACUCUUUGCUUAAAGCAGUAUAUCUGUGCCGCCUGAGGUUGACGCGUCUGCUGCUGGAAGGAGGGGCUUACAUUAAUGAGAGCAAUGAGAGAGGAGAAACUCCACUGAUGGUGGCCUGCAAAAGCCACCAUGCCGAUGCUCAGAGCGUGCCAAAACCCAAAAUCAUCAGGUAUCUUCUUGAAAAUGGUGCGGAUCCCAACAUUCAGGACAAGUCUGGUAAGACCGCCCUAAUGCAUGCCUGCAUCGAGCGGGCUGGUGAUGAGGUGCUGUCGCUUCUGCUCUCCAGUGGAGCUGACCCUAGUUUGGAGGACCACACUGGUUCCUCCGCUCUGGUCUAUGCAGUUAAUGCUGGAGACAAGGAUGCACUGAGAGUACUACUGGAUGCCUGCAAGGCCAAAGGCAAAGAAGUCAUCAUCAUAACAACAGACAAACUACCCUCUGGAAGACAAAUGACAAAGCAGUAUCUGAACGUACCACCUCCUCCAAAUCUUGAGGACCGGUUGCACUGUGCCCCUGCGUCAUGCAUGUGCCCUUCUGAAAUUAAACUCUGUGCUCCUCUUAUCACACCGCCCACCAAUAACCAAUCCGAGACCCUGGGAUCCACUCCAACACUGCCCACAUCCAAGCCAGGAUCACCAACUCAAGAUUCAAGCCCUCUUCAAGCAGCUAGUGUGGCGAAACUGUUGCAUCUACAGAGGCUUCACUCAGAGCCCUGGCUGAAGAUCCCUCCAUCUCUGCUUCUACAACAAAGCAAGUCCUCAUCCUUGACCGAGGAGCUUGUAGAUAUCACCCCUGAAGAAGAGCUCUCGUUUGGGUACAAUGGUUGUAGACCUCCACUGAGAGCUCCAGUAGCUCGGCACCAAAGCAUUGACGUCAAGGACUCUUCUGGUCUGCUUAGAGCCUUUGAGAUCUCAUCUGAUGCUGAAAGAGAACUAACAAAAGAACAGAAAUGGCUCAGUAGAAAAAUGUCGUAUGAUGGUGAGCUACUCCCACACUCCUCCUCGCAUCAGAACCUCAAACAGGCAUCCAUCUCAGAUGCUGCCCCUGUAGACCGGGACCCAGACUGUCUUCCCAACCUGGCUGUCUCAAGCCUGCGCAAUGUGUUUCGCCGGCGCAACAUUGGAAUGGACCACUAUAGUUCUGACUCUCAGUUGCCUCAAUUUGGGAGCCAACCCUCUGAAGAUCUUGGGAAGACUGGAGGAGGAGGAACUGGGGGGACAGAGAAACGCAAGCUUGUUACCAGUCGCUCCUCCACUCUCUCCGGAUCCAGAGAGUCUCUGGAGAGUCUCGUCCAGAGGAGGAGCCCAGCCAUGCUGGAGCGGAGGGGAUCCGGAGCCUUGCUCCUAGACCACAUUUCACAGACCCGGCCUGGUUAUCUGCCACCUCUCAAUCCGCAUGCACCCAUUCCAGAUAUCAAAGUCAAUACCAGUGUUGGCAAGCCUGUGGGAGGAACUACACCUGUUGUUUCUGGAUCAAGGCAUUUUGUGCCAUGUGCCCCGAGCCAUCCCAGAGAUCACAAGAAUAAGAAGAGUCUGCUAAGACGACACUCCAUGCAAACCGAGCAGAUCAAGCAGCUGGUCAAUUUUGAGGAGAUUUUUGGUCAGUAAACAUCACAAAGGAAGGUUGUGGUAAAUAUAGAGAUUUAAUGUCAUCUGUCAGUCUACACCAAGUCUGAAAUCUAAAGAGAAUAUACAUUUUAGAUUUAAAUAUGAAUUAUAAUAAACAUCUCAACCACUGCUCUAA